AUGGAUGCGAGAUUGGUCCCCAUCGUGGUAGGCGUCGGCGAUGCCUUGAAUCGAUCCAGAAAGCCAGAAGAAGCGGUGGAGCCUCUGAAAUUGAUGAUUCAGGCCAUCGAGACGGCAUUUCAAGAUACAAACCUCUCACCCUCUGCAGCAACACAGCUCCGAGAGAGUGUCGAGAGUAUCGAUGUCGUCCGCAGCUGGACGUGGCCCUAUCCCGACCUCCCAGACCUUCUCUGUCAUCAUCUAGGCAUCGCGCCAAAGCAUAAGCACUACCACCCUUUCAACUCAGGCAGUACGCCAGGCCUGUUCUUCGAUGAAGCCUCUCGCAGGAUAUCUCUCGGAGAUGCAAAAGUCGCCAUUCUGACGGGCGGUGAAGCUCUCGCGUCUCUGAGGGCGUGUUUGGCCGCCAAAAUCAUGCCACCCCCGGGCUGGACCACCAUUGAGAAGACUAUUCGUGCUGUCGAAGACCCGACCACACGAGAGCUGCAGAAAAACGUUGCCGGGCGCCAUCAAAUUGGAGCACCCAUCCAAGGGUAUCCCCUCUUCGAGAAUGGGUUCAGAGCGCAUCGCGGCCAGACCAUCUUGGACAACUUCCAAGAGUCAGCCAAUCUGUACGGAGAAUUUGCCGCCGUCGCCCGAAAGAAUCCAAAUGCUUGGUUUUACGGAAACUCCGAAACCGCCGAGUCGAUCAAAACAGUGACCAGCAAGAAUCGGAUGAUAUGUUUUCCUUACCCUCUCUUGAUGAACGCGAUGAACGCAGUUAAUAUCGGAGCCGCCGUUCUGUUAACUUCGACCGAUUUCGCAAGAGAACUAGGAAUUCCCGAAGAGAAAUGGAUCUAUGCUUUGGGUGGCGCCGGCACCAGGGACAGCUUGAACUUCUGGGAACGCCCCAACUUCUACUCAAGCCCCUCGAUCUCCGUGUCGUUAGACGCCGCCAUUGCCGCCUCCACCGUGAAUAAGGAAGAUGUCGAUCUUUACGACUUCUACUCAUGUUUUCCCAUCGUGCCGAAGAUAGCCUCCAGUCACUUAGACAUUCCCAUUCCUGACCCGAAGCAUCCGGUCACGCUCCUUGGAGGCCUGACGUUUUUCGGCGGCGCGGGUAACAACUAUUCAAUGCAUGCCCUAACGGAAAUGGUGCGAGCACUCCGCGCCGGCAGAGGCAAAGUCGGGCUCGUCCUCGCCAAUGGUGGGAUCAUGACUUACCAGCAUGUCGUUCUUCUGUCGACCCAGCCACGUCGAGACGGAUCACCGUAUCCUAAAAGACCACCACUUGCCGAAGUCGUUGUUGAUGCGCAGCCUCCAGCCGUUGAAGAACGAGCAAAUGGCGCUGCGGUUGUUGAGACCUACACGGUUGACUUUGGCCGCGAUUCGCUUCCCCUCCGAGGACAUAUAAUCGGUCGAUUGACAGACAACAACCGCCGCUUCAUCGCCAAUCAUGCCGACGAGUCGACCUUGAAACAGCUGUGCAGCAUGACAACGGAACCGAUCGGCAGAAAGGGCUGGGUGAGGAACGAUCCUGCCAGCGGGAGAAACCUGUUCAGUUUUGAGAACGGCCCAAGGCUGUAG